AUGUCUACACCAGCAAGAAGAAGAUUGAUGCGUGAUUUCAAGAGAAUCCAGAAGGAUUGCUCGGGCGGAAUAUCGGCAUCUCCAUUGGCUGAUAAUGUGAUGGUUUGGAAUGGGAUCAUUAUAGGGCCUCAGGAUACACCAUUUGAGGAUGGAACAUUUAGACUAAAACUCACGUUUGAUGAACAAUACCCUAACAAACCCCCACAAGUGAAAUUUAUAUCAGAAAUGUUUCACCCCAAUGUUUAUGCAUCAGGUGAUUUGUGCCUGGAUAUAUUACAAAACAGAUGGUCACCGACUUACGAUGUGGCGUCGAUUCUCACGUCGAUCCAGUCGCUUUUGAACGAUCCCAACAUUAAUUCGCCCGCAAAUGUUGAGGCUGCAAACCUAUACAAAGAUCACCGCAGUCAGUAUGCGAAAAGAGUUCGUGAAACUGUAGAAAAAAGCUGGACCGAGGAUCUGGACGAUUUAGGAGACGAUGAUAUGGACGACGAGGGCGAUUUGGACGAUUCGGAUGAUGGAGAAGGAGACGCAGAUGGCGCCAGUGACAGUGAUAAACAGUAG